AACCUACUCGAUCGUGUUUUUUUCUGUUUCAUCAUCGUUAUAAGCUGUGUUUUAAUCAUUCCCGUUCCAAAGAUGAGCAACACUACGACGACCACGAACGUGCCCAGUGACGCCCCAGCGCAUUGUCCCGGAACACAGAGUGAAGAUGCCGGAAAAGCAUCGGCCUGUGCCGGUUGUCCUAACCAACAGCUAUGCUCCACCGGACCGAAGGGUCCCGAUCCGGCCAUCGCACUGGUGAAAGAAAAACUUGCCGAUGUGCGCAACAAACUGCUGGUGCUGUCCGGGAAGGGGGGCGUUGGCAAAAGUACCGUAACCGCUCUGCUGUCCCGUGCAAUGGCACACCGCAGCCCGGAUCAAAACUUCGGCGUGCUCGACAUCGACAUUUGCGGACCGUCACAGCCGCGCGUACUCGGCGUACUCGGAGAGCAGGUACACCAGUCCGGUUCCGGCUGGUCGCCGGUGUACAUCGAGGACAAUUUGAGCCUGAUGUCGAUUGGAUUCCUGCUCGGCAGCCCGGACGAUGCCAUCAUCUGGCGGGGUCCGAAAAAGAACGGCAUGAUUCGACAGUUUCUCACCGAGGUCGAUUGGGGCCAGCUGGACUAUCUGCUGCUGGAUACACCGCCCGGCACCUCGGACGAACAUCUGUCGGCCACGACGUUCCUCAAGGGAACGGACGGCUCGUGGGGCGCUAUACUGGUCACCACGCCGCAGGAGGUCGCACUGCUGGACGUCCGGAAGGAGAUUUCUUUCUGCAAGAAGCUUGCCAUUCCGGUGGUCGGAGUCGUUGAGAACAUGAGCGGGUUCGUGUGCCCAAAGUGUACGACCGAGUCGACGAUUUUCCCUGCCCGCACGGGGGGCGCCGAACAGAUGUGCACGGAAAUGGAAGUACCCUACCUGGGGAAGCUUCCGCUCGAUCCCCGGCUGACCAAGUGUUGCGACGAGGGAAAGGAUUUUAUCACCGAGUUUCCUUCGAGCCCGGCAGUAAAGGCGCUCGAUGAAGUCGUCACGAAGGUGCAACAGUUUUUCGAAGAAAACAACAAACAAUAGCAAUAAAGGAGAGAUUUAAAAACCAAUAGGAUUGAUUAUUUUUUUGAAUCUUUAUUAUUUGGUUAUACGUGUGUUUUGCUUCAGGAAUUCACCAAGACGUUAUUCUCUGUUCUCCUCUCUUCCAUCCCAUUACGAUUACAUUGCUUACAAAAUCCUUCCUAAAGAUCCCCUCCGAACAUGUUUGCAGUCGGUAAAUUUGGACAAUGAUUUGCAUCCUAUACUCCCGU